AUGCAGGCGGAGGAGGAGAUUCUGCUCCGAAAGCACCUGGCCACAGAAUAUGAAGAAAGCGUGAGCAGGCAGCUCCACUUACUGAGCCAGGACAUGAAACAACGUGAGGAGCACUGGGUGGCAUUUAAUUCUGCGCUGCGGGAAGCCAUAAGGUUGACAGAGGCCCUGGCGGAGGCCCUGUCUUCUGAGGAAGGUCAAGUCUCAGGCUCUAAAUCAGCCCAUCACAGGUUAUUAAGCCUCAUCGAUGCUGCAAGCAACCAGGUGUCCAGCACUGUCAUACAGGAGACUCGUAGGCUCAUGGCAUGGGGCAUCCUGGGAGAAGGAACGGGAGCUCACCUUGUUAACAGAGAGAGAACCAGACUACUCACCAAGGCGGAGCUUGUAGGAUCAGAUGGCUCUGUGAAGGCACACGAUGUCCUGUACCAGGAUGCUACCACUGGACUGAUAAUGCCCAGCCAUGGUGCUAUCAUGCUGCUGGCCAAUCAGUCCAUGGAGCCUGUAUCUGCCCACCAUUUCCUGCACCCCGUCACAGGAAGAUUGCUCCCGAUAGCUGGGAAUGUUGGCUUCGACCCAGUCAACUCUAAGCUGAUCCCUGUGGUUGAUUUAGCACCUGGGGAGAUUCGUCACUCGGAAGUUCCCAUCUUGCCCUAUGUCCCGUAUCCUGUGUGUCUCCACUCUGGCCUACCAGUGAAGACUCGCCUGCCAGUCCUACAGCCUGAGAAAGUGUUUAAAUUGGGAGGCCUCAUGCAAGACCCAGUGACGGGGAUCGAGGUGCCAAUACUCGCCAUUACCAUUCACCCCCAAACUGGCCAGAAGCUGUCUUUGGGUGGGACAUACCUGAAUCCUCUAACAGGAACGGUGACGCCCCUUGAAUUGGGGGGGCCUAUGAGGUUCCCAGAAGGAGGGAGAAUUGUUCCAAUCCUUGGAGUCAGUUUGGAUAAUAACACAGGAGACCUCAUUCCAGUGGGAGGCCUCCAUGGGCCCUCAGAGAGCCUCCUCCUUAUAGGGGAUUCCUUUAAGGAGCCACUGAGCGGGAAGGUUGCCCGUGUCCAAGGCAUUUGCCUUCAGCAAGACAAGAUGGCCGCUCACGCAGGGGGCUAUCAGGCGGUAUUGGACGCCAACCUCCUUGUAGCUCAGAUCCACGUGGCUCAAUCUCUAAGAGAGUAUAAGGACUCCAUUUGUGAGGACCUGUGCUCUGCUGGAGAUAGGCAGAAAGCCCUCAAAGCCGCAGAAGAAGACAUGAAAAGAGUACUGUCCGAGGUGCUGGAUUAUUUGUUAUACCAGCUAAGAACCCUUGAGAAGCAACGGGGCCAUGCGUCAGUUCUCAAGAGCACCGGCGGCAAGCUAGGGAUGAUCAAAUAUCCCAGCACAGAACUCUGGAUCCCUGCCGUCUUUGGGAUGAAAAUCCCGGAUCCAGGAGGUUCUGAUUUGAUGGUGCCCAUCCUUGGAGUUGAAUGUGAUUGGAAGACAGGGCAGCCAAUGCCGUUAGCUGGGACCAUGGAAGAUGCAGAUGGGAAAGGUCUUGUUCCACUCGCUGUUGGCUUCAGAACCGUGGAUCCCAUAACAGACGAGACUGGUCCAGUCAUUGGGGCUCAAAUUAACCCUUGGACAAAUGCCGUCAUUCCUGUGGUCCAGUCCCUGGGAAACUUACCAAGAGGAAAUCCAGACCCGGAACUGCUGGCUGCUUUGGAGAAGGAAAGAAAUGCCAAGCAAGCAUACUGGCACUGCCAGCGGGCAAAAGAAGAGGAGCUCUUUAAAGAGCUGGAUUUUAUAUGUCUGGAUGUCUUGGAUGCAGCCAAGGAGGGGAAAAUGAAAAAGUUAAGGUAUAGGAUCAAAUUAAGACCUGCUGAUGAAAUCUAUCACCUACUGGAAGAAUUCUCUGCCCAGGAAACUCAAAGGAGAGCUAGCAGAGAUCAGAACAUGCUGUGGGACACAGAACAGUCUCUGAGGAUGAGAGUUGACAAGGACGAGAGAGACCAGGAAGGCAGAGUUCGGCUUUUGCUCAGGAAGAUGCUGGAGAAACUGGUCCAGUUCGUCCGGAGGAUGCAGCUAGAAGAAGGACGGAUCCAGAUGCAGUUGAAGGAGGCAGAACGGCAGUGGAGCAGAGGCUUGCGCAUGGAAGAUGCCAUCAGAGAGAAAUCCAGAAAGAUCACACUGCAUCUUGUGGCUGGGUUCCAGGAACACAUUGCAAAGCAGCAGACCAGUGUGGAGAGUGCCCACUGCAGGCUGGAAUAUUUCCGAAUAUUAUCAGAUACGUUGGCCCUACAGACAAAGGACCUUCUCUCCGGUUCAUCCCAGUGCUUUCUGAACUACCCGGGCGCAAAAUUCUACAGCGCGGCUGGCACUGCCCAUGGAAGUUGGGAAGUCAUCAAUCGGAAACUGAUCCCGCUCCUCAAGUCUGUGGUUCAGACUCUGGAGGAGAACAAAAGGGGUCCCUUGUCUCCUGAGAUGCUUCUGGGUCUGGGAUCAGGAGAAGGUGUGGUCUGCUGUUUCCAUGGUCUUUGCAAUGCUUUUCUUUCAACCGAGCAAGAGAUGAAACCGUAUUCUGGGCUGCGAAUUAAGUGCAGUUGA